AAAGAACGGCUGAAUCCCACUAUUUCUCAACUUCAUCAAUCUAUUUUAGUUUUAUUUACGAAACCAUCAAUGGUUUACAACCAAAAAAAAGGGAAAAGAAAUGUAAAGAAAGGGGUAAAAAAAACCAGGUUCCAUUUCAUUUUCGUUAAUGAAGUUUUUUGUGGAGAUUCCUGAUCUUGGUCCUGGACCCGCCAAUCCUUGUUCCAUUUUAUAAUUGAUUCUGCCUUUUCCUUUGAACGGCCAAGGAGAGUUUCCUUGGCAUUUCUCGCAAAUAUUAAAAUGGAGCAGCCCAGCUGUGAAGGGCCAGAGUUCCACUUCCGAAUAAUUGACAAUUCCAUCAUCAAAGUCUUCUUGACUUGCUUGUGACAAAUCUCUCCGGUUUCAGUUCCGCAAGAAGAGAGUGAAUCUGAGAUGGCAACGGCUUACGCAGCUCUAGUUUCUCUUGUACAAACCACAGAGCCAAUCCAGCAUCACCCUCGCCCUCCAAUUUCUCUUGACAAACAACAGCUUCAAUCCCUCCAAGAACAUGUUGCCUUCUUGCAAGAUUUUCUGGAACAGUAUUCACACAGACUCACCCAAGAUUACGAAGAUGGUUUGAUGGUUCGCAUAGCAGAUGCAGCUCAUGCAGCAGAAGAUGUAAUUGAAUCCCAUAUAGUGGAUCAAAUUCUUGAUGGUCAGUCCACAACUACGUCAAGGGAAAACAUCAGUUCCAUUGAUCACCAUUUCUAUCAAGAUCUGCAGAAAGUAAUAGCAGACAUGGAUCUCAUAAAGAACGAGGUGAUUGAGAUUAAGGAGAGCAUGGGAAUAGUCCAUGAUCAGCUGCAUAGAAAUUCAGUGCCUGCUGGUUCACUAAGCUCAUCUCCUCUAACAGGUCAGAAGCAGGCCAUGGUUGGUGUUGAUGAUAUUUUGAAUGACAUCAUGGAUAAGCUCACCCGACAACAAUCUGGUUGCCAAAUCGUCCCUAUAAUUGGCAUGGGAGGUAUUGGUAAGACUACACUUGCUAGACAUGUUUAUGAAAAUCCGCUUAUUGUGGAAUACUUCGACUUUCGUGCUUGGGUUACCGUUUCUCGAGAAUAUAACACUCGAGAAAUUUUGUUAAACCUUGUUUCUCAAAAGAGCAAAGAGACCAUGGAAAUUAUGAGUGAAGAGGAAUUAGGAGAAAUGCUGUACAAAAGUUUGGCAGGCAAAAGGUAUUUGAUUAUAAUGGAUGAUAUGUGGAGUAUUGAGGCGUGGGACAAUGUAAAAUUAUUCUUUCCAAACAACAACAGUGAAAGUAAAAUAAUGAUAACCACUAGGCUAUCAAACUUGGCUUUGCAAAUAAGUGGCUCUUAUGGUCUUUGGAUGUAUUUUCUGGACGAGAACAAAAGUUGGGAGUUAUUUUGCAAAAUUGUGUUUGGAGAAGUAGAUAAUUGCCCUCUUGAAUUAGAGGAAGUUGCAAAGAGGGUUGCAAGAAAUUGCAAUGGUCUUCCUUUGUCAGUGAUUGUGAUUGGAGGACUCCUAGCAAAGUCGGAAAAGGCACAAGGUUAUUGGAAGUACAUCGCAGACAAUUUAAGUUCAAUUGUAAAUUUAGAGGACAACGAACGUUGUUUAAGAAUAUUAUAUACGAGUUAUCAGGAAUUGCCGAUACAUUUAAAGCCAUGUUUUCUUUAUAUGGGAGUUCUCCCUGAAGACAGCAUGACUUAUGUCUCACGGCUUAGAAAACUAUGGGUUGCUGAGGGAUUUCUCAAACCAAUUAGUGGAAAAAGCUUAGAAGAGGUUGCAGAGGAAUACUUGAAAGACCUUAUAGACAGAAAUCUCAUCGUACCCCUUAUGAUGGGAUCUACUGGUAAAAUAAAAGUUUGCAGCAUGCAUGAUCUCCUGAGGGACCUCUGCUUAAGAGAAGCUGAGAAACAGAAGUUUCUUUCUAGUCUUGAAAUUGGACAAGCCAUAACUACCAAUCGCCGCAUUGUUGUUCAUAAAAUUUCAUCAAAGGAUAGACACGAUCUUCAUAGAGCUUUGCGCUCAGCGCAACUUGUUCGUUCUUUGACAUGCGAUCUUCAGGAAGCUCUCCCCUUAGCUUCUUGUAGAUUGCUGAGGGUACUAAAAAAUACUUAUUCAGAGGAUAUAUUUGAGUUAAGGAGAGAGGAUGGGGGUCUAACAGGAGAUAUUUUCAAGCUAGUUAACUCGCGGUACCUUGCUUUAGGUGCUAAUUUGUGGUUAGGACAUGCAUGUCCUUCUUCAAUGCACCUUCUCUGGAAUUUGCAAACAUUGAUUUUAAGGACGACUAAUUGCAAGAUUAUUGAUGCUCCACCCGGGAUUUGGAAGAUGCAUCAACUCAGGCAUGUGGAUGUGAAUUUGCUUCGUCUCCCAGAUCUAACCGCGGAUGAGUUUGUGUUGCCAAACCUACAAAAGAUGUCUGAGAUUGUGAAUUUUGAAUGUUGUGAAGCGGUGGUUAAGAGAAUCCCCAAUAUCAAGAAACUGCGAAUAUGUUAUAAUGAUUUCUACUCUUUGCUUUAUUGUCUCAAUAAUCUUGGUCACAGUGAUAUAUCCUCUAUGCAUUACAGUGUCGAGAAUCUUGGCCGUUUUCAGAAACUAGAAUCCCUUUGCUUCAGUUUAAGUAGUAUGGUAAGAAGAAGUGAUAUGCUGGAGAGGCUGUGCUUCCCGAAUUCGCUCAAGAAGUUGAGUUUGCGGGGUUGCCGUCUGCAAUGGGAAGAUAUAACAAGAAAGAUAGGUCCGUUGCCCCUCCUUCAAGUGCUCAAAUUGCAUAAGGACUCUGUUAUAGGGUCCGAGUGGGAAACAGUUGAAGGGCAAUUUCGCAGGCUAAGUGUGUUGGAAAUCACUGAUAUUGAUGAUCUGGAAUACUGGACUGUGGACAAUAGCCACUUUCCAUGCCUCCACCGCCUUUGUCUUCGACAUUUACGUAAAUUGAAGAAAAUUCCUUGGGGUUUUGCAGAAAUUCAAACACUUGAAUUGAUCGAGUUGGCAAUGUGUAGCGAUUCUGCCGUCAUUUCUGUCAAGGAAAUAGCAGAGCAACAAGAGGAGCUUGGGAAUGAAGACCUUCAAGUUGUAGUUCGUCUGGAACCAGAUUCUGAACUCCAGCCAGAAUUGAAGAGUUUGGCAAGUCAUCGGUUUCGAGUUUUUUAAAUCGUCAUAGAAGGUAAAAGGUUGAGGAUUGAAAGAGACACACAUGGAGAUUCUAUUAAUUGAUUGUGCUGUUGCUGGAAUAUAUGUAUUGAUGAACUUGCUCCUCCUCUUUGGUGUAUGUUGGUUGUCCACAGUAUUCCUUCCAUGUGUUGUUUCUUUGGAGUUGUACAUGCUUGGAGAUGUUUGUUGUAAGAAGAAAGACAGGGAAUAUUGUUUAUUUGUGGUGUUGGAGAGCUUCUCUGUCUUUGUACAUCCUUAUUAUAUGUAAAACAUUGUCGUUCCAAUUGUUGUUGCAUAUAGAGGUGUAUGAGAGGGACGAUUUGGUUGAAAGCUGUGGCAAACAAUGACGAUUGUUGUUUGCAAUAAACAGAAUUUUCAGUCUCAACUGAGUUGGGCUUAUCACUGGAGGACAGGUAAUGUAAAGAGAAGGAUCUCAUCAGAUGCAAUAUACUCAUAUGUUUCCCCUCUUACAAGACAA